UUUGCUGUAUUUUACUGCCAUUAAUUUCUUGUCUGAAAAUCUGCUCUUCUUCCUUUUGAUGAUUGUAAUGCAACUGCAUAAUUUAGGAUUAGGGUUAGGGUUUUUAUCCAGAAAGGUGAAUUAGUGUAUCCAUUUUUCAGAACGCUGAAAUGUUUCCAAGUUAAUUACAAAAUGUUGUAUGCAACGUUUUCUUUAUUUGGAAGUUUCAUAUUAAUUGCAUUUUUCUGUCUCUGUGCUAUGCGCAAAGAUGUGUCGAGGGGAUGUUGCAAUAAUAGUGGAACGGAGGGAGUAGAUAUGAAUCGAUAUAUGGGUGCAGUUAUGUUUAUGCUUGACUUCACAUUAUUGUAGAGCUCUAAGCUUUGUAAAUUGGGAUUGUAUGCAUUACUCUAUUCAAUUAAUCGUUCAUCGACUUGAAUCAGCUAGAGGAUAGAAUAGGACAUGAAUUUCUGUGAUUAGAUAUUAUUGAGCUAUGUCCCAAUCCGUGUCUACUCGAAUACGGGUAUCCAAGUGUCCGGCUCGGCUAUUUUGUAGAAAAAAGUGAAGUUUUUAGUUCAGAAAUGAAGUAUCCAAGUAAAGUGUCGUGUCGUGUCAGAUACGACAUGAUACCCCGUUUUUUUAGGUAAACGAAGGUGUUGGAGUAACACUGUUGUUGAGACCUAAACUUUGCUAGCAUGGAGGAUAAUGCUACGUUUAAUUUUUCGUUUUUUAUAUAUUUUAUUUUGUUUACUGACUUGAAGAUUUAUUUAUAUUGCAAUUAUCGCAUUAAUUAAGGUGAGUUCUUUGUUUUUUUUUUUCCAGUUUGGUUAGGUUUUUGGAUUUUCUUAAAUAAGGUGUUUUCAGUUUUGUUGUGCCAUAAAUUGCAAGCGGAAUGAUCAAAAUUUGAGAUUUACUCUAUGGCCUGUUUGGUUACUGUCAUUUCAUUUCAAAUUCUAGAAUUGGUGAAAUCUAUUGUUUGGAUAAUUAAGAACUGAAAUAAUUGAUAUUGAUCUAAAUCCUAGAGUAAUAAGGAAGCGCCCAUAAGUGAGUAAUGGAAAUGUCAUUUACAAUUCCUCUUUUGUUCACCCUCCUCACAAGUCACAGCUCUCUCUCUCUCUCCUCUCAAACCCACUUUCUUUCCUUCACCACAACAGUUCAGAGCUACUGUUCGCCGUCGUAAAACCAGAAUUCUUUACUCUUGAACUUGUGGGAGUAACUGCAAUCGCUAAGCUGUAGGUGGCUGUAGAGGUAAUUGUACUCACCGGGACUUGUACUCCAGUGAAUGUAAGUAGUUUUCUUAAGGUUUCAAUUUCACACGAAAAAGAUUAUUACAAUUUACAAGUUAUUUUUGAAAGGUUUGUUAUAGAUCUUUGGAGAUGUGUUCUUAAUUUAGAUUUUAUCCUUCAUUUUUGCCGAGGUCAAUUAGUUCUUUUUCAAAAAAAAAUAAAAAGGUUGAGUAUCAAUUCAUGAACUGAUUUUGCUAAUGGGGCAAAACUUUUAUUUUUAUAAUGAGAAUGAAGGGUGAAAGUUUUUAAUUAUGGAAUGAAAUCCUGCUGACUUCCCCAAACAUCAUGUGGAAUUUACAAGUCUCAUAUUUGAAUUCUUAAUGUAUCCCAACACCACAUUUGAAAAUAAAAUACAUCAUUUAUAAUUCGAUAAUUGAAUUCCUGCCUUGGGAAUGAAAUUGGAGUUCCCAAACACAACCCUAGUUAGUUAGACUAUGUAUUAAACUUUCAAUAUCUAUUUAUAUAAUCAGGUCUCUAUGUUGUGUCAGCUGCUCUCUCUAUAUUUGCCGUCAAUUAUUUGCUUCAAGAAGCUCUAUUGUAAGCAAAUUCUGAUCUCACACAACUUUGUUCAAUACUAUUGAGUAUUGACAAAGGUGGGAUACAAAUAUACAAUUGAUCCUAGCUUUUUUCGUAGCAAACUAGGAAAUUGAGGAAUACACGUAGUAGUUGUUUUAGAGUUUGUGAAUUGCACCAUGCCUUUGAGUGCUUUACUUGCUAGUUACUACUCCCUUUGUUUAUAUACUUCAUCUGUUUAUUUUUUAGUCGCACCUUUUGCUUCUUGUAAAAAUUUAAGAAAAGAGCAGAGGUGGACCCCUUUCCCCAUCUAAUUAGUCCUCACACUAGGGGAAGAGAGGGGUAGCUGAGGGUAAAAUAGUUGAAGUAGCAUCAAAAUCUUUGCCAAAAAUACAAAUGGUGCAACUAACAGAAAAUACCCCCAAAUGGCAAUGGUGCAACUAAAACUAACAGAGGAAGUAUUAUGCUAUAACUAGAAGGCCAUAAGAAUACUCAAUCCAAGUAGGGGGGGGGGGGAUCUGUCCAUUUUUGGCCGAAGCUGUUCUGUGCCGUAUAUUUUUCCCGAGCUACAGCUUUGCUUGCGUUCUUCACCGGCGCUCGCCGGAUGUAUCACUCUGCAGCCUUCCAGACUUUGUAUUCAUCAUUUUUGAAAGUGUGGGGGCGCAAAUCUAGGAAUUAAUAGCAAGCACAGAAGCAGGAAAGCUAGCCAGGAAAUCUAAUCACAAACCAUUAUACUAUUAUAGCAGUAUAUGCGACUUUCUCAGAGGGAGUGAAUAUAUUUCUCUCUCUAAGCUGAUGACUACAUAAUAACUGAGAUGCUUUGAUGCAGAGUACUAUCUACUUGAAGGGGGAAAUGCUAAUAAUCCAGAAACUGAGAUUCCAGAUUUUGUGCUCAUGGCUUGGCAGCACUCAUUGUGCUGUAUCUAGUGUUUUAUUGAAUUAUAAAGGAGGAAAUGUUUCUGAACCAGCCAGCUUUUCCUUGAUUAAAGCUAGUAGGUGUGCUCCCAGCUUGAUAUAUCAAGGUCCUAUAGUCAAUCAAACACAAUUUUUUUCUACAACUGCUGGGACUAUAUUGGUACAGGCUCGUGACCCUGCAAAAUUGAGCUUGGAUAUUCAAAAUGCAAUUGAUGAGCAUAGGUAUGAUGAUGCUUGGAGGUUUAUGGAGCAGCACUUGGAGAUGGAAGGGUAUCCUAGGAAGUCUGUGGUGAACAAGUUGCUUGUGGGUUAUGCAGAAACCUUAGACUCUCACUUGCUGGAGGGGGCUUUUCAGCUGGUGGAGCAGGCAUUUGAAGAAGGUAAACAGACAUUAUUUGAGAAAAAUACUCUUCUAUACCUUGCUCUUGCUCUUGCAAGAUGCAGUCAGCCGGUGCCGGCGUCUGUUAUCCUAAGACAGUUGAUCAAAAUGGAAGAAUAUCCCCCAGUGACAGCAUGGUCUGCUGUCUUAGCCUAUAUGUCGCUGUUGCCUUCUGGAGCCUAUCUCACUGCCGAGCUGAUUCUUGAGAUAGGUUACCUCUUUCAAGAUAACAGGAUAGACCCACGUAAGAAAAGUAAUGCACCUUUGAUUGCGAUGAAGCCUAACACCCUUGCCAUUGGUGUUGCUUUAGCUGGAUGCCUUCUGUCUGGGACAACUAGGAUAGCUGAGCAGCUACUUGACAUGAUGCCUAGAAUUGGUGUUAAAACUGAUGCUACCUUAUUAGUCCUCAUGGCCCAUAUUUAUGAAAGGAAUGGGAGAAGAGAAGAAUUAAAGAAGCUGAAGAGACACAUUGAUGAAGCUCACGACCUUGACGAUGUUCAAUUUCGUCAGUACUAUAAUUGCCUUCUUAAUUGCCAUUUGAAAUUUGGGGAUCUGGAUUCGGCUUCUCGAAUGGUUUUAUGUAUGCUUCGUAAGGCAAAAGAAGCUAAGAAUUCUCUAGCUGCAGCAACACUCAGGUUUGAACCGACUAAAGAAGGAAAUACAUCUUCUUGCAUAGAAGCUUCUAACACAAUGGAGUUAAAUACUUCAGAUGCAGAUGUGAAUCACCCAUGUAGAUUUAUGUCUUUUGAAGAAUUCUGCAGAGAUCGGAAUUUCAUUUAUCUGGAGCGAGAGGCAAAAAAAAUACUGAUAUCUCUGUUGCUGAAGUCGCAGAAACAAAUUGAACUCAUCAUUACUGACCGGGGAAUUCUUCAACCAACAGAAAAAGCUUAUAUUAAGCUAGCUAAAGCAUUUUUGGAAGCUGGUAAAACUAAGGACUUGGCUGAGUUUCUGAUUAAGGUUGAAAAGGAAGACUCUCCUUCUUCUGUUGAAGAAUCGGCAUUGGUCGAUGUCAUUAACUCAUGCAUCUCGCUUGGCUGGUUAGAUCAAGCACAUGAUCUUCUUGAUGAAAUGGGUUAUGCUGGGAUUAAGACCAGUUCAUCCGUGUAUUCUUCACUUCUUAAAGCAUACUGUAAGGAGAAAAGGAUGAGUGAAGUUAUGUCUCUCCUGCGCGAGGUUCGGAAGGCUGAGAUCCAGCUGGAUGCAAGUUGUUAUGAGGCAUUAUUGCAGGCUAGAGUGCUGCAGAAAGAUACCCAGGGGGCUCUCAAUCUCUUUAAAGAGAUGAAAGAAGCUAAAGUAUCGAGAGCUGGUCAUCAAGAAUAUGCGUAUCUGGGUGGGAGCUCUUCAAAGAAUGGUCAUGUAGGUUUUAUGUCCAAAUUAUUGCAGGAAAUUAAGGAAGGGGAGACAGUGGAUUGUGGUGUUCACGAUUGGAAUAACGUGAUUCAUUUUUAUUGUAAGAAGAGAUUGAUGCAAGAUGCAGAGAAAGCUCUAAAGAAGAUGAGAAGCUUGGGGCACACCCCUAAUGCACAAACUUUUCAUUCCAUGGUGACUGGAUAUGCAGCCAUUGGAGGAAAAUACAUUGAGGUGGCAGAGCUGUGGGGAGAAAUGAAAAGUCUUGCUGCUGCUAUCCCGUUGAAGUUUGAUCAGGAACUCCUAGAUUCUGUUCUCUACACUUUUGUGAGGGGUGGACUUUUUGUUCGAGCAAAUGAGGUCGUUGAGAUGAUGGAGAAAGGGAAUAUAUUCAUUGACAAGUAUAGAUAUCGUUCUCUCUUCUUGAAGUACCAUAAGACACUAUAUAAGGGUAAGCUUCCAAAGUUUCAGACAGAGGCCCAAUCAAAGAGAAGAGAAGCCGCAGUGGCUUUCAAAAAAUGGAUUGGAUUAUUUUAGAGGAACCUAAGCUUCUUACUGUCUUCAGUGACUCCUGAGUCCUGGCAGUUUGGUGGUUUGCUGUCGAGUCUAAUAGGAAUUUGAAGACUCAAGAGUCGAGAAGAAAGUGGUGACUGAAGUUGCUUAGGGCGACUAAGAUCUUACAUCUCAGUAUCAUUUGAUGAGGAUUUUAUUGUAACACUUAUUCAUGUGGUGGUGCCACGGCCUUCCUUGGAUCUUUCAAACAGCUUAGUUGAUGGUUCUAAGAACAAAGUUAAAUGUGAGGUCCAACUUGUUUCCACGACUAAAAUGUGAGCUCAAUCUUCUGGUGGCAAAAGACGGAAAUAUAGAUAGGAGUGGAUGGAAAUUAGAGCUAUAAAGUCAAUAGUGGCAGCCGGGAGGUCGAGCCAAACAGCCUAUCGUUUAUAAAGAAGGGGGGAGGGGGGAGGGGGGAGGAGUGCCAUCAAAGCUGAUUCUACAAGGCUGAACUGCUGAAGAAGAUUUGGAACCAACCAGGCAGCCACUGGCUUUCUCGGAGUGCAGUAAGUCUGUACCAGUUUGAUUCCAUGACGAAACAAUCAGCAACUGAUUAAACGAGACCAGGAACGCUCAAACUUUAUGGAGGCCAACUUAAGAGACUUUCAAACUGCGUAUGUUAUUUUUAGUGCUUCUGUAUGUGCUUAGGCGUAUGUAUAUAUAAGAUUGUACUGCUGGAACAUAGAAAUACAAGGAAUUGAUUCCAGAAAGUAGAAAGGAAGAUGAAUUAGAACGUGAAAUUUCGACUACGUUAUAUAUUGAUUUCAUUUAUAAACAUUAUCUGUUAAGAUAAAUACAUUUAUCAAAUUCAAUUAUGGGUAAUUUUAGUUUGUAUUUGUAAGGGUUAA